GAUCAAGGUUGAGAGCGAACUGAACGUACCUAAACGCGUAGUCGCAACGGGACUAGAUAUCCCACAUCGGCUGGUUAGAGCAAACUAAUAGUCUUUGUAUACGCGACGUAGAGAUCUGAAGCUUGUCCCUUCGGGGACAUCCGAUAAAAUUGGAACGAUACAGAGAAGAUUAGCAUGGCCCCUGCGCAAGGAUGACACGCACAAAUCGAGAAAUGGUCCAAAUUUUUUUUUGUUUUUUUUCAGUCUCUGCUCUUCUGCUUGCUUGCUUCAAUGGCUCCCUUUCUCAUCUGGGUUCUUUAGAAGCUAAGUGUACUUUCUGCAGUGUAUGUGGAAAAAUCACUUAUUGUGGUAGCAGCACCAUUGAUUUCUCAGGGUGAACUUAUCGUAGAAAACCUUUUUUGAAACAAGGAAACAACUCACUGUGUUUGCAGCCUUUUAGUACCUUGAUUAAGUUGCAAAUUAGUGGGUGUAUUCUUGCAAAUCAUAGCAGUAUUUUUCACACUUUGCUUUUCUAAUCUGUUUCUUCAUUCGACUGUUUCUAAUCUCAUAUUGUGCUGAAGCACACAUUUUGUCAUGUUAUUCUAUGUUCAGUGGCAGCGAGGAUGCUCACUGUCUUUGAAGACCCUACAACAUGUAGAGAGAAGAUAUUAGAAUGUAUUAGACUGGAAUUCUUGACAUUUUUCAAGUUUUCUUCAUUCUAAGGUAAAUUACUGUCUCUGUUGCUUGUUCAAAAAGGCGUGAGUGUUUGCAAUACGGGUGCUUUUUAGAGAAGCUAUACUAUGCUAAAUUGAUUCAUUUGUUUGUGCGAUAUUUGGAAAAUGAAGGAUAAAAUAGAACCCCAGAUUGAAGUUUUGGCCUCAAUCAAGAUGAAGAUUGGAAAAUGGCACCAUCCUCAGUUUUGUCUCUGUGUAUAUAUUUUGUUGAAGCUAAUGAAACUGAUAGGAUUUGUGAAAGUAGUCUUUUCACAAUGUGAUAGGAAGGGAGACCUUUCCAUUGCAUCUACCUCUGCCUCCCUCGAAUUCAAAACUUUCCUCUGAAGGGAGACAUAUCUUGACUACUUUCAAACUGCAGAUUGGUUCUCUUGCGGUUCAAUUCCAGGUAGAAAGAAAGACCAAGUCAAUUGUUUUUGUUUCUAUAUGUUGCAAACUACGAAUUGCAAGUCACAUACUGUAAUGGUUGAUGGUGUUUUGCUUCAUGAUUGUCAACGAUAAGAAGCUUAGUAUGUGCUCGGCUAAAGAUACUCUAAAGGGGAGAGGAAUCUGUGUACCAAUUGCAUGUUCUUGAAUUUCAGCGAUCGUGGAUGAUAAUUGGGUGUCUCUACAGAAAAAUACAAGAUGCAGAUUUUGAAAGUUCCAUAGAGCACUCAGACUUGGGAUGAUGUGAAAAUCGGCUCUGACUAUUUGCUUAAUUUCAUGAAAGUGAUUCCUCCCAUAGCUUAGUAGUCAAUUAAACCAGGCCAACUCGAAUCACACAGAAGGCAGUCAAGCAUCUGUGUCAUGUAUAGUUUGCAUAUCAUACAUAUAUCCCUCGUGAGGUGCUUUAAUUAGCUCAAAUCGGUGAGAUACUUCCAACGGCUAGAACACAAGGGAACACUACACAUGAGCAGCCACUAGGCCUAACCCCAGCUAGCGGUGGACCUCACGUGAAGGUCAUCACAGACACCCUGAUAUAGCCAAGCUACACGCUCAGCAACCUAGCAUGAUAGAUAUCAUCAGUAACACCCAGUCUCACACUCAUACUAAUCAGUUAUGGAAGCAUUGUGGAAUUUGGAGGACGAAUGGAAGCUGACAACCCAAGAAGCAGUUCUCUUAUUUGUUUGCACAGCCCUUGCAGUCAUUGCGCUUUGCGCUGCAAUCAUGCUUAAGAGGAAGGCCCAAACAAAGCAAAGAUCAGUGAACCAAGACCCAAGCACAGGUAGCUCAAAACGGUGGUCUGAGCCCGAGCCUGGCUCUAACAAUUGGAUCACAAUAAGGAGGGUGUUGAUGGAGUCAAUGAGGUGGAGUGGAGCAAGCAAAUGGGAUGAGGGAAGUAGCGGGAGUGGCAGUGGCAGUGGGAUGCUGCUGCCACCACCGGUUCUUGGGUUAGAAAGGUGCGAGUCAAGUAUGGGGUGGCAAAGCCCUGACUCUUUGUCAGCAGUGUGGCAAAGGCCUAUACUAAUGGGAGAGAAAUGUGAGCUUCCAAGGUAUAGUGGUCUUAUUCUCUAUGAUGAAAGAGGGCGGCUACUUGAUCAUUCUCUCACAUCUUCUCGUAAAGAAAAUAUUCACGAGGAAAAACCAGCAGCUGUUCUGAGAACUACUCUGAAGGAUUUGCUAUUGCCGUAGUAUUUAGGUGAUGUUGAUGCUUGUAACCAUGACAAGAGAGUGAUAUCAUGUGGGGGAUUUCCAAUUGAAGAAUUGUUUUCCAGAUUUAUUCUGCAAUAAGAACCCUCAUACAAUGCUGUGCAGUUACAUUA